AUGUCAAGUUAUAGAAACAUUCCCCUCUACGGCGGCGCAGUCACCUGCGACCUGCCCAAACGCUUCGCAGAUGUCAGCAAGCUGAGACAAGUCCCCGACAACCAGGAAGUCUGGAUCGACAAGGACGGCUUCACGAGCAUCAUCUUCGACAUCACCGAGCGCGUCGGCGAGCCCGGCUCCGGCCCCGAGAUCGACGGCCGGGCCAUGACCACGCACCUGGAAGACAUGGUCGGCUCCGACAUCAACACCGUCAAGAUCUGGAACACUGCUGAGACGGAAUUCACGCGCAUGCAAGACUUGAAACUCCCCGCAUACACCCUCAUCGCGACGCAGACCCCCAACGCCGGCCACGCCAGCGACCAGGCCUCGGCGCCAGACUUCACAGCCAUCACAAUGACCCUCUUGCGCCUCGAGAAGCAGGACACCGACAUCCUCAUCACCAUCAACGUGCCCCACAUCAAGGGCGAGUACGACGCCGACGAGGUCGACCUCGAGCUGGGCAAGCAGGGCAAGCUCAUCGGCGACGCCGUUGAGAUUGCGGCUCGCAUCUGGGAGACGUUUGAGAUCAAGGACUGGGACCUUUUCGUCGAUUCGAGACACCAUUAA